AUGUCUUCGAGAAUCGAGAACCCCUGGGACGACAUCCACCAGCUGAAGCAUCGGUGGAUCACUGGUUUGAAGCUGCUUUUGGAUUCUUCGAUCGAUACUUCGGAGCUCGAGAAGAAACUAGACGACCUUCAACGAGACGGUUUCAUCCACGCCCAAGACGAUGCUUUUACGGACUAUCUCGUGCAGUCGCUUACUCGAGUGCGGGAGAAGAAAUUUGACGAAGGAUUCGUACAUCCAGAGUUCGUCAUUUGUGCCCCCAUUGCCUGGAGCGUGAAGUCGUAUCAUCGAUGGUACAGCUCCUUUGUGUCAGCUAUCCGUAUAGUGUGGCCCGAACACGACGCGCAAACGCCGCCUCGAAUCACAACGGCGUCUGAACCGGAGGCUGCAGCUUCUUACUGUCUUUCAAACUGGGGCGGCGAUUUCGAAGUGGACGAUUGCGUACUCAAUGUAGACGCUGGAGGUGGAACCAUCCAAUUAACCACGCUCAAGAAGACGCGUCAGAGUCCAGACCGCUGGGAGCUUGUCUGCGAAAUGAGUUGCAAAACGUGUGGAGGCGAGUCUUGGAACAACAACGUAAGAAGAAUACUGGAGAGAAAGUUCGCACGCCUCGAAGAAGAAGGAGUUCUUGGUCAACUUCUUCAAAGCAAUGAUUCUGUCUCCAACAUCAUCGAAAGUGCAGUGCAGUUCUUCGAGAGCGACAUCAAAAGAUCCUGUCCAGACUUGACGACGAGAGACCCAGACCCAAACGAACGACCACCCGGAUUUCGCAUCUAUGGUCUGCAGCCAGAUCAAGCAAGGAAUUUUGAGAGGAACGAGCUCUUUCUGACACCAGAAGAAUAUGAUGAAGUCGUGGGAGACUCUCUAACCGGCCUCGAUGCGCUCUUCCACGAACAGUACCAGCAUAUUGAAGCCAAAGGAAAGACAGUCUCAUGCGUCACCUGGACUGGCCAGUUCUCGGAUAGCAUGUUGCUUCGUGACAGAGGAAAGGAGUUGGCUGGUGGCGCAGGUAUUCGAGCCCUGAAUGUGGACAUGUUCCCUCCGAGCCGGCUCCUCCGCGCGAGUUUCGCCGUUACGCGAACUGUUCCCAAACAAUGGGGCUCGGCGCAGGUCACGCUGGAAAAUCCUAAGCUUGCACAUCUUGGCGGAUUAUCCGCCAAACGUGGCCUAGAUGGGAAGUUCUAUUACUUCAAUCUCUUGCAUUACUUCGCACAAAAAGGGGAAGAGUUUUCACCGGAUCAGAAAUUCUUCAUCACCUCAAAGCAUAUCUUUCAAGCAUCAGACCCCUGGAUUGCCAGGGAGUCUAUCUGGUACACGGAGAAUGGUCCAAAGGAGUCGUGGCAUGCGGUUGACGGGGAUGAAAAUGCAGGUGUAGCAGAACUGGGUGUCAUCGAGUAUGACAUGAACUCCCUUAAAGAGAAGAUUGGAACAGAACAGCUACCUGGCUGUAAGAGAAAAGGCGAGAAGGUAUACGAGAUCACUCUGCGAGUCAGGAUAGAGAUGCUGGAGGACUAUCGCCAUACCCUCCGCGUUCAGGCCAGGUGGGCACCGGAGCUAAACGACGACGACAACGACUCCUCAGAGAGGCUCGAAGGUGACGACGUCAUGGACAUGCAUGGGCAGGACUUCAACAUCUCGGCGGCAUUCGAGUUGUCGGCUAUUUGA